AUGUCUGUGACAAUGAGGAGCAAGUCGGGGGACGAUGGGGAUGACAGCGUAAACCUCAUGGCUUCUGUCAAUAGAACAAACAACGGACGCCGACCUGAUACGUCAGUGUGCUGGAUUGGAGCUGCUGCAGUGAGUCUGGGGUUCCUUCUGCAGAUUUUGAUCUUAGGUGUGGUGGCACACAAUUCCUGGGCAAUCAGGCAUCAGGACUCAAAGUGUGAAAACAUGAGCUACAGCCUCAUAAUAGACAGAGACAAGCUGAGGGAUGAGCGAGAUCAACUGAAGAUUCAAUCCAGAAACCUAACAGAAGAGAUGGAGCUGCUGCAGAGCCAAUGCAACGCUAUGGCUGUGAGUCGAGAUAAGCUACAAGAGGAGGUCAACAGGUUAAAACUCAGCAAAACAGAUGAACCUUGCAGCCAAGGAUGGACAUCCUUCAAAAGCAAGUGCUACUAUUUCUCUGGUAAAGGACAGGCUGAGACCUGGGAAAACAGCAGAAAGUACUGUAAAGAAAGAGGAGCGGACCUGGUGAUCAUAACGACUCAAGAAGAGCUGGACUUCGUCAGCAGCAUUUUUCCCGUAACCUGGAUUGGUCUCUCUGACAAGGAGAUGGAGGGGCGGUGGAAGUGGGUGGAUGGGGCUGAUCUGUUGGGUGAUGAAUUCUGGCAAAUCGGGGAGCCCAAUAAUAAUGAAAACGAAGAGCAUUGUGCCGAGGUCUCACGUUCGGCAAAGAAAUUUAAUGACGUGCCUUGUAAUAGGACAUUUUCAUGGGCAUGUGAGGAUUAAAGUCCGAGUGGCACUUUUUCUUUUUUAGUUGAGGCUAUUUGGUCCCCAACAUCUGAUUUGUAUUACUCUUACUUGUCUGAAAACAAAUGCGGUUGUGGACAGUCUAAUUACAACUGUUCCUUUUAGUGAUGUCAAAUACACUUUUACUCCAGAAAUCAAAUUAAACUCAAAUAAAUAAAUUAAUAAAGGUGAUUCAUCCAUUGUUGAUAUUUCUAAGCAAACAUUUUAAUGGACAUUGUUGUGUCGUCUAAAUGUUUCUUUUACUGAUACUAAAAUGUAAAUAAUUGAUUCACUGAUUAAUACAUUGUUAUAUUUUUUUUGUUUGAACAUGCUCUUCCUGAUGUUCAAUGUGACUGUGUGGCCUCCAGAGAACAACCAGGCUAACAGGCUUUUAUACACAGAGAACUGUGACAAAUAUGUGCUAUCAAAACUUCUUUAAUUGUUGAAAAAAAAUAAAACAUGUUGGUCUUUUAAA